AUGGGAUCCAAAACUCCUUCCACAUCGACUGAUGAUGAUGAAAGGAAUGCUGCUACUGCUACUGUAGUAGAUCAAAGGUCUCGGAAAGGUAAAGUACCCAAAAGGAUCAACAAGGCUGUUCGGGAGAGGCUUAAACGCGAGCAUUUGAAUGAGCUUUUCAUCGAUUUAGCUGAUAACCUUGAUUGUGAAAAACCAUUUGCAUUCUCUGUCUCAGAGUUGAAUCAGCACAACAGUGGUAAAGCCUCCAUACUAUGCGAAGCCACUCGGUUCUUGAAGGAUGUGUUUGGUCAGAUUGAGUCCCUUAGAAAGGACCACGCUUCUCUCCUCUCUGAAUCUAACUAUGUAACCACAGAGAAGAAUGAGCUCAAGGAAGAAACAUCACUGCUCGAAACUGAGAUCCAGAAACUAAGAAACGAGAUAGAAGCAAGGGUGAGUCAGUCGAAACCAGACUUGAACACCCUUCCUGCACCCGAGUACCAUCAUUAUCAUCAACAACUUGCAUCUCCAUUUUCGGGACUUCCCAUUUCCCAACAACCUGCCACACUUCUUGUCCUUCCGAUGCAAUCCAAUCUCCAAACACAAGAUGUUUCAGACAUGACACAAGUGUAUAAUAGCUCAAAUGUGAGUAAGCCGUGUCCAAGGUACGCUAGUGCGGCUGACUCGUGGCCAUCUCGACUACUUGGAGAGCAACUGAGAGCCAGUGAUUGA